CACGAUGCCAUCUACGCAUGCGUCAAUGUACGGCUCCCCCGGUUUCAGCCUCGUUAUAAAUUUAUCCGGGACAUUGGGAACUUUAACGAGGAUGUGUUUAAAGAGGACUUUCUACUCUUCCUCUGUCUGUUAUAUACUACUCGGACGAUCCAGACGAAUAACUAGAGUCACUGAAUACACUAAUUUCCGAGUGUAUUGAGAGACACGGCCCCUUGCGAAAGGUUCGUGUCACGCGAUCACCCGCCCCAUGGAUGAAGGACCCAUUGAUAGAGGAACUUCAGAAGAAACGGGAUGCUGCUAGAUUUACCGCCCACCAGACCAGCACUGAUGCUGCUUAG